GUGACGGACGUCAGUGAAAUUGGCAGAUAAACGUCAACAGGCGCUUUAAAUCAUUGAACACGCGACGUGGAUAAACUAAUAACAAAGUUGUUGAUAACGGUGGGGCGUGAAAUUGGAACUGUGCCACUAUUUGGGUGAAAAACAUCGCCGAAAACAGGCUGAAGCGGCGUGGUUCGGUACAAGUGAAUGAGCGCGCCGGUUAAACACACGUAGCAGCUGGUGAAACAAUGUGCGAAAACAUCAAGAUUCCCGACCCCGAAUGGAUCCUGGACAAGAAUGGGAACGGACACUUGAUUUGGAGACGGGACAUUGACGAACAAGACACCAACUCCAGGGUACGGUUCAAACAUGACGUGGAAGUGAAGGAGUUCCACCGGAAGUCCUACGAGCUGAUAGAACCGCCGUGGGUGCGCGAAGCCCAGCCAACCAACGUCAUGUCCAUGGGGGUGACCUGCCUGGUCUGCGUCACCGUCACCCUAAUCCUGCCCUGGUAUUUGAUGGGGGGCAGAAACCUUUUCCUGGCUCUAGCCAAUAACUAGCCCUGCACACAGAAUGGCGAAUGCGCAGUGCUAACGCAAGAAUGGUUGUGAUAGUUUUUAGGCGAAAUACGGGAUCAAUUAUCAGCGACUCAUUAGGCAUAGUGUUAAGAGCGUAACUAGCACCUGGUUUGUGCGUGCAACGCCUAUUUAAGUAGUAUUUAUUUGUAUGUUUUGUAAUAAACGCGUUCAAUAGAAAA